AUGGAUUCAACAGCAGAUAAUUGUCCAAUAUGUUGGGAUGACUUUAAGGAGCCAAAGUUGUUGAAGUGCUGUCAUUCCUUUUGCUGUAAGUGUCUGAGGAACUACACUCGUAAAAAUAGGGGACGUAGUGAGCUGACUUGUCCGCUAUGUCGACAAGUCUGGGAAAUACCAGAAAAAGGUGUUGGUGAAUUUUUAACAAACUAUUUCAUAGCAGACACAGAUUUUAAGCUCGAGGGAGUUGUUCUACCCUGUGGUUGCUGCAGGAAGGAACGUGUCCUUAAAACAUGUUCACACUGCAGUCAGGCCAUGUGUGGUGAAUGCGCAUUUGAUCACCGGGAAGCGCUGCGACUGUCAGGUGAGGAUCAUCUUACCGUGUUUGACAGUAGAGAUGACAACGCUGCUGACUCUGACUCGGAUGAAUACGAGUCUAUGGACUCAGGUCGACGACAGCAGCGACGCAAUUCGUCGACAUUAGCUAUACCCUUUUCUCUGUCUAUUGCCUUGCCUCCGAUGCGAACAAACUUGAAAGUAGAACCUUUAUCAACAUUUGUUAUAGAGAGUGAAUUUCCAGGCAGCAGUGAACGUCCAUUUAUCAACUGUAUACAUCCUGUAUCGGAGGAUGAGUGUUGGAUAAUUCCUACGGCUGGACCAGACUUGGUCCGUUAUACAUGGGAAGGAGAGAGAAAGCAAAUCAUUCACCUUGGUGGUAUACUAACAUCACUGGUCUGCCAGCCUGAUGGUGCAUUCCUUAUCUCUCUUUGGGGAGACAAGUCAAUUGUGGCACUGUUGUCCGACUCCAUGGUCAGGGGUUUUUCCAACACUGGAGAUAUUCAUCCUCAUUCUUUGGCGGCCUUUCCAGAUGGACGUGUAGUGUUUUGUGGACCGUCUUCAAAAUCUGCUGAAAAAUCAGACCCAGAAAAGGAAAAAACAACAGUCAAUGAAGGAAGUCUGUCCAUAUUGUCUAAAGAUGGGUCUCUGAUCAGAGAAGUAAGACACAGUAGAACAGGUCCGAUAUUUGAGAAUCCAGCAGCCGUUGCUGUCAAUCCUGUGAUUGGAUCCAUAGCAGUUGCAGACAAAGGAAGGGGAUGUGUUUUCCUUUUGUCCCCUGAUGGUGAAAUGUUUUCUCAGUACAAAGGAGCUAACCGCAGACAGCACUUCCCCUUCCUUUUAGCAGCACAGGAAGAUGUCCAGUUCCUGCCCCUGAAUCUGUGCUUUGAUAAAACGGGAAACUUGUACAUAUUAGAUGCAUCCUCAAGAUUAAUCCACAUCCUGAAUCCACAUGGUGAAUUCUUGGGCAUCAUGGCACCAGGGGACAUUGAGGAGUUUUCUCAUCCAUUUAGUAUAGCUAUUGAUCACAAGGGCAGAAUGUGGAUUGGAGAUGAGUCAGACCACUGU